GAGAGAAAUUCGCGAAAAUUUGUUCGUUAUAGGUUACGCGACGCACUUGACAAUUUACCGAUUCGUUUUCCGGCGUAACAUUCGAAUAACGCCGUGACAUUCAGGAUCGUGCCGCGAUAUACUUCAACAACGAAUUGUUUUUCGUUUCCCGUUUACGUUUUCGAAGAAAAAACUCUCGGAAAAUUGUGACGAUGAACCAGUACCCCGGUAAAAUGCGAUCGGUUCACGAGGAUCACCGUGCCUCGACCGUGAGUCCUCGAGAUUAUUCGAUCUUGACGCAGAGUUUGGAAUUUUCACGGAAUACGAGUGUCACGUUUCAGAUGAUCGAUCAUGGAUUUGCCAGACGAAAAAUUCAACCGAGUUAUCCGUCUAACAUCGAUACACCGACCAAAGAGGACUCGUUAAUUCGCAAGGAAUACGAAAUCUUAAGAAUUUCUCAAGCCUUAAUGUUGUCGACCUGCAUGCUCUUGUUGAGUUAUCACAGCAUACGUUACGGUAGAACAGAGUAUAGCAUCUUGAGAAACGGGAAAAUAGCCGAAGGAUACGCGCAUAAGGCUAUAAUCACGUUGAGUUUAGGUUACUCUGUCCCUUAUUCCGUGAUUUCCUUCCUGGCUAUCGGUAUGCUCGCCUAUUCGAUCGUGUCGAAACAACCGCGUUGGAGUCUGCCGUCGAUAGUGCUCUAUUUGACUGAUCUGGUGUACGACGCGAGCGGUGCUGUCCUCGUAAUUUGGCUGCUGUUUUCGAAUCUUUCGAUAUCGAUGGCCUUCUCUUACACGAUAGGAACGAUACUGUUGAUACUUGGAGAAUUUUGGAUAUGGCUGGGAGUUGUUCGUCUUUACGAACAGAGAACGUUUAAAUGA